UAUUCGCUAUUUAUAUGCCAUAAGACGUUUAUCUUCUACACUCACAUCAUCACAAAACGAUGAAACUCAACGUCGUCGUAUCACUCCUUCUCCUUCUAAUCUCAACCGCCACGUGUUGUCCACCGUCAGACCUCCGUGCACUCCUAGCUUUCCGUUCAGCACUCCACGAGCCAUACCUCGGCAUUUUCAACUCAUGGACCGGCCAAGACUGCUGCCACAACUGGUACGGCGUUAGCUGCGACGCCGUCACUCACCGAGUCGCCGACAUCAACCUCCGCGGCGAGUCAGAAGACCCUAUCUUCGAGCGAGCUCACCGAACCGGUUACAUGACCGGCCGCAUCUCGCCGGCGAUAUGCGACCUCGCUCGCCUCUCCGCCUUAACAAUCGCCGAUUGGAAAGGUAUCUCCGGCGACAUCCCCAAAUGCAUCACGCGCCUCUCUUUCCUCCGUACGAUCGAUCUCAUUGGAAACCAAAUCUCCGGCGAGAUUCCGAACGACAUCGGGAGAUUAAACCGGUUAGCUGUUUUAAACGUCGCGGAUAACCGGAUAUCCGGUUCGAUUCCGAAAUCGCUAACCAACCUCUCCAGCUUAAUGCACUUGGACCUCCGUAACAACUUAAUAACCGGUUUAAUUCCAACUGAUUUCGGCCGGUUAACAAUGCUUAGCCGCGCGUUACUAAGCGGUAACCGAAUAACCGGUCGGAUCCCCGAGUCCUUAACCAAGAUUUACCGGUUAGCUGACGUUGAUCUCUCCGGUAACCAAUUAUACGGCACAAUCCCACCGUCUCUAGGCCGUAUGUCGGUUCUCGCGACGCUUAACCUCGACGGGAACAAAAUAUCCGGCGAGAUACCUCAGACUCUGAUGACGUCAUCGGUGAUGAACUUGAAUUUGAGCAGGAACUUGUUGCAAGGGAAGAUACCGGAAGGGUUCGGACCAAGGUCUUACUUCACUGUUCUUGAUUUGUCUUAUAACAAUCUCAAGGGACCAAUCCCGAGCUCGAUAUCUGGUGCGUCGUUUAUUGGUCAUUUGGAUCUUAGCCAUAACCAUCUCUGUGGGAGGAUCCCGGUGGGGUCGCCGUUUGACCACCUUGAAGCGGCGUCGUUUAUGUUUAACGACUGUCUUUGCGGCAAACCCUUGAAGGCUUGUUUAAAAAAUUGAGUCUGUAAUUUUCUUUGAUUAGACCUUAGUAUAUUUUUAUGAUUAUGCGUUUUAGAAAACAUAUUCGUGUGCUACGUUUUGUGGUGUAUGCUUAAUUAUUAUCACGACCGGCUCUACUCUAAACUUUUGUAAGUUAUAUUCGUAACAUACAAAAAUUAUAA